UGAAAUGCUAUGACAAUUUAACGCACUUUUUCAAACCUCAUACUCAAAUGCACUGAAUAUAUUUCGUUAAAUUGGCCGAAAUUUGGAAAAAAAGUUAUCAUGAGCGAAGUUACAACACAAAAGAGUGACACUGAUUCUUGGAGAAAGCAGCUGCGUUCAAAAAAUUCCUCUCCAAGUCGAUCAUUAAAAAGGGUGGCAGCCGCAAAAUAUGGAAAAUCUGUAACAGGAUUUUCUCUUGAUGCUUCGGCGUAAGAACGUAUUCUUGUCUCUUAAGAUUUCAUAGUGAUUUAGACGCAAAUUAUAGAACUAUGAGAAAUUUAGAAAAUGAAUAUGUGAAAAGUCUGCAGCAGCAAAUUUACCUUUUGGAACUCGAAAACAACUAUAUUCGACGCCAGGCUGCUGAAAUUAUGGACAAGCAACCUCUUAUGGUCUCUGAGGCUUCCAACUCACUGAAAAGAAUCAAAGAAAUGAAAAAUCAAACGGACGGGUUAAAACUUGAAAUUCAUCGUAAGGAAGCGCAUAUAGAUAUUCUACAGCAAAAGCUAAAUCGUUGUGAAGAGAAUAUUAGAGAAACAUUGUUAUUACAUGAUAAAGAGAAGGAUGAGCUAACACGUCAGUGUAUUACUCUGAGAGGAGAACGUGAAUUAGCACUGAGAGAAAGUUAUCAAAAAGAUGAACAAUUAAAAGGAUUAGAAUAUCAAUUAACCAAUCAAAAGUCAAAUAUAUCUGCUAUGGAAAUACAAUUGGAUAUACUCAGAGCUAAAUUAGAUGAUGAAACAAAGCGGGCAAAUGAAUUGGAAAGAUCGCUUAUUGAUAGCCGUAAAGAACUGGCUGAAUUCAAUACAAUUCUAAGACAUAUGGAAUCUCACUAUCAACAAGAAUUAAAUCGAUUAAAAUCAAGGCCACAAGAUGAAUUCAAGGAUAAAGUACGUCAUCUUGAACAGAAGCUAAGUGAUGCCUUUUUAAAAUCAGAAAAUGAUCAAUAUAUCAAAGAUAAACAAAUCGAUAGGAAUGAUUUACUCUUGAAAGAAAAUGUUUACUUAAGUAAUGAAUUAGAAAAGUUGAGAAAAAUGGCUGAAGAAUCUCAAUCCAUGUUUGAACGUGGUCAAUUAAAACAAACUGAAGAUAUUGCUGAAUUGAAUCGACUGAAACAAAGAGAAAAGGAAUUAACGCAUAUGAAUGCUUUAUUAAGACAAGAUUUACAACUGAAGUCAACAGAGAAUGAAAAACUUCAAAGACAACUUUUAUAUCAAGAAAAGACGUAUGACAAUUUAUUAUCAGGCAAAUUAACACAACCAAAUAUAACUCAAGAGUUGGAAGCUUUGAAAACUGAACGUCAGGUGUUUGCAGAUCAUAUAAAAAAGAUUAAUGAAGAGAUUGCUGAACAACGUGUAAAAAUCGAUCGACUGGAAAAAGAAAACUCCAAACCAACAAAUCACACAACACCAAACGAUACUUCUAAAGCUUUGCAAACUAUAAUGAACAAUAAUACUAAUCCUGCCAAUACUACUAACAAUACUACUGAUAGUAAUAAUAAAAAUAAUACUAGUAACAAUAACAAUACCAACAGAAAUGCACAAUUACCACUGAAUGAAGAGAACCUUUCAGCAAUCAGCAUCACUAAAGCCAACAGUUCACCAACAACAAGAUCAGUAGGACAUUUGAAACCAGUAGAUGAAGAACUGAUUAAGGCAUUGCGUAAAAUUCGAACAUAA